AUGACUCUCCUGCCUUCGCCCCUCGCUCAGUCCACCUUGGGCGAGAAGUGCGCUCUCUACUUGGACCACGUUAGCGACAACAUCCCCGUGUUCUGGGACUCUCUUCGACCUCGGUUGGACCCGUAUCUGACCUAUUCCACCUCGACUCUCCGCUCGGUUGCGCAGGCGCUGCCAUUCGACGUCGACGACCAGAUUUCGGUCGUCUACGCUGCUCUUCUUCUCGGAAUCCUUACGGUCGCCGUCAUGAGCUGGGGAAACCCGUUCAACAGCGGCUUCUGGCGCCGUUCACCGAGCUACACGCCGACUGCCCCGCAGGUCCGCGACGGCGAUUUCAGCUACAUCGCCCCGGAAUAUAACGUCGAUCAGCCAUCCGACACGGCUUACUACGCAUCUCAGUAUGACGGUAACCUUCAAGAUAACGAACCGGAUGUCAUCUGUCUCAAGAACCGAGGCACCAUCUACCCUCUCCGCUUCCGAGCAUACGCCAUCGACGACGGGGUGCUGACCGUUGGUGCACUACGACAGGAGGCCGCGAAAGAGAUAGGUGUGAGCAACCCGGUCCAGAUUCGGUUGCUCUACAAGGGUAACCUACUGAAGGAUAAUGCGCGGCCGUGCAAGGCGGUCGGUAUCAAGCAGCAUUCCCAGGUGCAUUGUGUCGUCACCGAAGCUGGGGACAGCACCCCCAGUGACCUCUCCGAUCAUGACAGUGCUCCGCCUCGGGAGCCUUCUCUUCACCGACCCGCUUCUUCUUCGUCUCGUCUCGGCGGAGAAGAUGACGCGCCGGGGCCGUCCAGCUCCGGUGGCAAGAAGAAGAGCAACAAGAAGAAAAAGAAGAAGGCAAGCAAACGGGCACCCAGUCAAGAGAGACCCGCUCCCAGAGAGGAACUACUUGGCACACCCUCUUUGGCACCUCCACGGCCCAUGUCGUCGGGUCCCUCCGGUGCGCCCUCCCCGGCGCCCAGCCUCAAGGCCUUCAAGACCCCCCUUGAACAGGUAAAUGCCUUGACUGAAUACCUCCAGAUGGAACUGAUCCCACUGUGUGACGCAUUUUUGGCCGAUCCACCUUCGGAUCCCAAGAAACGGGAGUUCGAGUAUCGCAAGCUGAGUGAAAUCAUCUUGGCGCAAGUGAUGCUGAAGGCAGAUGGCAUCGAAGUGGAUGGACUCGAGAUUCCGCGCAAUGCUCGUAAGGCGCUGAUCAAGGAAGCGCAAGCGACAUUGAACCGUCUGGAUGAGAUCGGCAAGCAGUAA